AGCCUCCUACACUGUAUCAUAUCGGUGUAGAACAGCUUCGGGUCCUGUAUUAAUCUCGCUUCACUGUUUGAAAUUCAUUUUUAUAACAAUUACUUAUUUGCAGAAUUUCAUUAAUUGGGGAGAACACACGGGUUGAACGAAAAAUACUGACUUUUGACCCCACAUUGCUCGGGUUGUCACUUGGUACUGAAUGAGUUAAUUUUAUUUCUGCUGCUUCUCGGUUCUGAAAGAAAAACGGAGCAAACAUAACUUAAAACGGUCAGACCACAACAAAAACAGCUUUUAAAAACGCCGGCUAGAUGCUGCAGAGAAAUAGCCAGCAGUAUAGCGGCACAAACAGCACCGCCUGUAAACGACGUGUCCCGUUUUAAUGAUACCGCCUCUGAGGAACCCCCUUUGUCCCGGGAACUCUCGUUCCAGGGAACCCCGUUCUCAGCAGAAAACACCGGACCUCAGAAGCCCCGUGUCACUGGAGUGCACCCACAAAAGCGGGCUAAUCUGAUGAUAUAUUAUCGGCCUUAUCAACAUCACCCCCGUGCAAACAGCAAGCUACCGGCCUCAGCGUGACUGUGGGUAAAGUGUCAUCGGCUACUUCAUAACAGAUAACAUUUCUGAGGAGGCAGGUGCAAGGUAAAUGUGUAUGUGCCUGGCAGUAAACAAACAAACAAACAAACAAACAGAAACCACAGGGCCGGCCAUCAACUCGGAUGCGAGGAGAAGGCUGCUUUCGCUUUCGUUUCUGUACAGAUGGGUUUGGUACUAGGAAACCGUGACGCUGUCGUGAGGAGGUCACACGAGUUUAAUAAAUAUAUAUGUAUUUAUGCGUGGGGCGCUUUGCACAGCGGUGUUAACUGACCAACCCUCUUGCUGUGUGGAAAGACGAAACAGUAUUUAUCUGACUGCCUAACUCCAGCUACAAUGCCUACCGUAAGGGAUAAUUUUAAAACUGGACUGGAGUUCAUAGAACACCUGGACAGAACUCAAAGAAUGCAGAAGAAUAAGAGGGAAGAGCUCCGAUCCAUCUACAACGAGGAGUUUAGAAACAGAGAUGAAAUCAGACGACCCAAUUUCUCCUGUAUUGUGUUCGCUUUGAAGAAAAACAACAAGGUGAAAGUGAAGAAGGGAUUGCUGCACUUCAAUCCACCGUCUGUGGAGUAUUUUGGAGACCAAUGGAGAAGGCCUCGUCAGCAGCCCCCUGCUAACAGCCCUGUGCGGAUGAACGGAGCCUGCCCUGGUGCUGCUCCGGCUCACAGUCCCACGCAGAAGGAACUGGGGAAGAGAAAGGCCAGAACCAUCAUUCAGCAGCUGAGACAGAAUCGAUCCAGUAUCAUCUCAGACAAGGGAGGCAUUGUGAUCCGCUCCGAUCAUGCCUUCACGGAGGGCAGGAUGAAAUUCGAGUUCGCUCCUGAGCAGACCCGCGUUGUGGUCAUUUCUGUGGAGAACGCUGGGCCGGAGCCAGUGAAGUUCACGCUGUACGAGGCUCUCCGGAGGAUGCAUGUCUUUACCUUCAGAGACGAGCACAGGGUGACCAGGGCCUGCCCCCUCCUGCUCAGUCCGGGCGACACCUAUAAAAUUCAAGUCUCCUGCCUCAGUUCCCAUUACGGCUAUUUUCCUGUCACCGUGGUUUUCGAGUUCAGACCCCACGUUUCCGGAGACUCCAAACCGUUCUACAUUGUGCGAAUGCUGGCGGGGGUGGCGAACAGUGCCCUGUCCAAGGAACUGGGUCCCACCUCCCCUUACAAACCCUACCAGAUUGCCACCCGGAGACCAAUCAACGUCCAGGUGGAGGAGGGCCUCGUGCCAGAAAGCAAUUAUCAGCCUGAACUGAAGGUCGUUCCGUUACCGAACUUUGACUACCCCAAACUUUUGAAGGAUUUGGUGAAACAAGGGCUGGAGGAUUCAGACAGAUUAAACACUGAGCUGAAACAGGAGCAGAGCAGAGUGCAGCUUUUGCUCGAGUCUCAGUUGCACUUUGAAAACUACAAAGAGCGAUUCCAGCUACUGCUGCACCUGGAGGAGAUCCAGAUGGAAGUGGACAUUAAGAAGUACGACAUGCACGAUGCUGUCAUGCACCCGGACCCCCAGCAGAAGCGUUUCCUUAUACUUCACGUGCCUGGUGUGGCUGAGAACAGGCCCUCUGUGUUGAAAGGGGACUACUUGCUUGCGUCAGAGAGUGAAGACCCAGGGGACCCUGUCAUCAAGUACAAGGGCAGCGUGCAUGCUGUGCAGCUGGAUAAACUGAAGCUGGGCUUCUCACAAAAGCUGGUUAAUAAGCACAUAGCCAACAUGAAGUUCGAAGUGACGUUCACUUUUAACCGCCUGCCGCUGAAACUCCAGCACCGCGCGGUGGAGCUGGCGGUAAAGCACGACCUGAGAGACUUCCUGUUCCCCACGUGCAGUCUGGGAACCAACCUGCCCAUUCCGACCCUGAGGCUGUAUGAUCAGAACCUGGGGAGGAAUCCUGAGCAGGAGAUGGCUGUGAAGUGCAUCGUGGCUGGAACGUCGAGACCAGCUCCAUUCCUGGUGUUCGGACCUCCAGGGACAGGCAAGACUGUCACCAUUGUGGAAGCCAUCAAACAGGUUCACUUCACUCUCAAAGACUCUCGCAUCCUGGCCUGCGCUCCCUCAAACAGCUCCUCAGACCUGCUGUGCCAGCGCCUGCUGCAGCAUGUAGACAAGCACGCCAUCUACCGGCUCAACGCCUUCAGCAGGGACCCCGGUGAUCUCCCCGCAGACAUCCUGCCCUGCUCUAACUGGGACUCCAGUCUCCAGAGCUUUGUGUUUCCUGCCAAGGAGGUGCUGAUGGAGAAUUACAGGAUCCUUGUCACCACCGUAGUGACAGCUGGCAGACUGGUGUCCGGUGGUAUUCCUCCUGGUCAUUUCUCCCACAUCUUCAUUGACGAAGCCGGACACGCAGUGGAACCAGAAUGCAUCAUCCCGGUGGCAGGGUUGUUAAACAAAGACCAAGGGCAGCUGGUUUUAGCCGGAGACCCAAAGCAGCUCGGACCCAUCCUGAGAUCCCCGCUCGCAAUGAGACACGGACUGGACGUGUCCUUGCUGGAGAGGCUGAUGACACAGAACAGUCUGUACCAGAAGGACUCCAGCACCAGAGCGUUCAACAGUCACUUUGUGACGAAGCUGCUCCGCAACUACAGGUCCCACCCAGCGAUCCUCAAAAUUCCCAACGAAUUGUUCUACGACGGAGAACUCCAGGUGUUUGCUGAUGAAAUUCUGAGAAACUCCUUCUGCACUUGGGAGAACCUGCCCAAGAAGGGCUUCCCGGUCGUUUUUCACGGGGUGCAGGGGCUGGACGAGAGGGAAGGGAACAGCCCUUCUUUCUUCAACGUGUCUGAGAUCGACGUGGUUGUGUCCCACGUCAAGAAGCUGCUGCAGAAUCAAGGCAAGAAGGGCAUCCGCAAACUCUCUCCCAAAGAGAUCGGCAUCAUCUCCCCCUACAGGAAGCAGGUUCAAAAAAUCCGAAGUGCAGUUAACACCGUUGACAAGGAGCUGAAAAGCAUGCCGGACAUCAAGGAGCUGAAGGUGGGCUCUGUGGAGGAGUUCCAGGGGCAGGAGCGUACUGUAAUCCUCAUCUCCACAGUGCGCAGCACCAUGGACUACCUCAAAAUGGACGAGGAUUUCAAGCUGGGCUUCCUAAAGAACCCAAAGAGGUUUAAUGUUGCAAUGACCAGAGCCAAGGCUCUCCUGAUCGUAGUGGGAAACCCCUUUGUUCUCAGCAAGGACCCAAUCUGGCACAGAUUCAUCCAGUACUGCAGUGAAGGGGGAGGCUACACUGGCUACGAUUUCACUGAAGAGGAGGAGGAGGAGGAGACCCUGGUGACCCGGCUUGCCUCUCUCGAUAUCAGCGCAGAGCCUGAAGACACCUCUGGGGAAAGCGCUGUGCAGCAGCAGCAGGAGCCGGAGUGGAGGAAUGAACUGUGAAGGGCAGACACCCCGAGAAUCCAGUGAGACCCACACUGGAGACGGGAGGACUCGGGGGCGGCACAUUGCACUGAAACCACCUUUUUAUCAUUAUCAUUCCUGCUUCGGAUUCUUUAUUCACUUGUAAUGCAGAUUAGAUGCAGCCAGCCUUUAACAGUCGUGGUGUUUUUAUAAAACAGAACAGACCAUUUUCAGUUGAGUUGGGAUUUAGAGGCACACGACAACUGAAAGCUUAUAUGAGGGUUUAAAAAAAUUAAAUUAAAGACUGAAAAUAAAAUCUAGGAAUAUGCAACAUGCUGAUUUCUCUUGCAAAGUUCUGCAUGGUACAAUCUGGGACGUUUUUAGUUUUAACUGGGGAGCAAAAACUAUUUUAAUCAGCUACUCCUCAAAGUGCCUUGAUUUCUAUUCGAUCCUGCCUUCCCAGACGUAGUGAUGUACAAGCAAAGAAUUCAAAACCUGUUUACAUCAAUGCAAGUUUAACUUUACAUUUUGAGGGGAGUUCCGGAACUCUCCCCCCCGCCCCCCGUCGCCGUUAUCCUGUAUCAUGCAAAACCAAGACUUUUGAAUCCAUUCUCUCACCUCUUAUCUGAAAAAAAGUGUAGCUCUCCUUAGCUGUUUGUAUGUCGGCUUCAGAAUCCGUACAGAAAUCCAGCGUUAUCCGAUUGUGACGCAGCUUGGGUAGAUAAUAGUAUCAGAAUCUGCAGAGAGGUAGUGGAACCUGUCUGUGCUUUUGCAUGCACAGUGAAGGUCCGGCUGAUCUCUCUCUCUCACCAUACUCCUCACUCUAAAUUCAUGUUUCCAGCCGCGGUGAGGUCUGUUUGUGUGCUACUAACAGACUUGUUCACGCUGGUCUCGUUAUCACCGCCCCCCCCCCCCCCCCCCCCCCCCCCCUUUUCUUACACUUGUGAUGCAAGAGUUUUUGAAAUCCAGCUAAAUACCAGUUCCUGUGCUGUAGGUCAUUCAACUGGUCCAGCUUCAAUCGAAUCUUUUAAUCUACAGCCCCGAAAGCACCAAGAAACUGCAGUUGCACCUUUUCUCUUUUUAAAAAAAAAACUAAUUGUAUUUUUUUUGUAUCAAGAAAUGUCAUUUUAAGCCUUGGUUUUGCACUCUGCUUUUGGCCAGCAAAAUAGGCAAGCAGAAAAAAGGCGUAUUUCUACAGACCUGUUUUUACAGGAGUUCACUGUGUGGCAGGCUUCCUUUAUUUUGUUCUCUUAAAUCUUUACAGAAAAUAAUGAAAUGCGUUUUUUAGAAUAUGAAGAACACCGUGUUAGGAGUGGAGCUCUGCUUCUCCUUUUUUUGAGGUCUCUGCGUGCUUCCUCUGUGCACUUUUUUUUUUUGUGUUCGUAAUCUUAAAUGCUUUCAGAUCCCGAUGUCUUUUUCAUGCAGUUAAUUCAUGUUUUAGAGCCUAGCUGAUGUUUAGUUGGUUUGAAACUGAGGUUUUGACAAUUGCUGUUAAUAAAGUUUCUGCAUAGAAUUGCA